GAAUAAGAAGAAGGCGGCGCAUAACUCAACAAAAACGUUCGCUGACAAAUGGCGUCUCUCCAGUGCGUCGCACGGAGCAGCUGAUUUUCCCCGUGUAGUUGCUAGGCAUUUUCAAGCUCUGUGCCAGGCAAGAUGACCACAGCCAGGUAUCGGCCCACCUGGGACCUGGCACUGGACCCGCUGGUCUCCUGCAAACUGUGCCUUGGAGAGUUUCCCCUGGAGCAGAUGACCACCAUCACUCAGUGUCAAUGUGUCUUCUGUACACUGUGCCUGAAGCAGUAUGUGGAACUCCUUAUCAAAGAGGGGCUCGAAACUGCUAUUAGCUGUCCAGACUCUGCCUGUCCAGAAAGAGGACACUUACUGGAAAAUGAGAUCGAGUGCAUGGUGGCUUCAGAGGUUAUGCAGAGACACAAGAAGCUACAGUUUGAAAGGGAGGUGCUUCUGGACCCGUGUCUGAUGUGGUGCCCGUCGUCGUCGUGCCAGGCAGUGUGCCAGCUGAAGGAGACUGAGGUGGCACUGCCCCAGCUGGUGCAGUGUGCAGUGUGCACCCUGGAGUUCUGCUCUGCCUGCAAGGCUAACUGGCACCCCGGGCAGGCCUGCCCACCACCGGAGAACAACCUGCCCAUCACCGCCUUCCUACCUGGAGAGACCAGCUCCUUUUACAAGAGUGACGACGAUGACGGUCCCAUCAAGCGCUGUCCCAAGUGUAAGGUGUACAUCGAGAGAGACGAGGGCUGUGCCCAGAUGAUGUGCAAGAACUGCAAACAUGCCUUCUGCUGGUACUGCCUGGAGUCACUGGACGAUGACUUCCUCCUGAUCCACUUUGACAAAGGACCCUGUCGAAACAAACUAGGCCACUCCAGGUCGUCUGUCAUCUGGCACAGAACACAGGUGGUGGGGAUCUUCGCUGGCUUUGGCCUGCUCCUGCUGGUGGCCUCUCCCUUCCUCCUCCUGGCCACACCAUUCAUCCUCUGCUGCAAGUGCAAGUGCAGCAAAGGAGAUGAUGACCCCUUUCCCACCUAAACCCCUUUCCCACCAACACAGGCGGGUGAAGAGUCCGCCCCCCCCUCCCCCGCCAUGGACCAUUUUUUUCCUUUUUUUCCCCCCUAUUGCCUCCCUCCAACCUUGGAGUGCUGCUUUAUUUAAUGGGACUUGGGCCUAGCCACUUCCCAAUCCAUCACUCCACAGUGUCAUGGUGGGAGUGGAGAAGGAGGAGUUGACCCCAUGCCCACUGGCCUGGUAGACAAGGUCACAGGUCAGACUUUGAGGAGGACAAUGAUGCCCCUCUGUGUGGAUUUGGGGGCUUGUGUAAGUAUACUGUAGCAGGGCCACUCUGAGGCAUCGGCUGUGCUUCAGGCAGUACAAGACAAGAGGAGGGUGUUUUAUCAAGAUGAAGGAUAAACACAUUAGGAUGUCUUGGUCAGGGUUGGGCUCAAUUCUAAUUGAAGUCAGUCCAUUUAGGAAUUAAACAAAAAUUAAAUAAUUGAUCAAAUUGCAUUUAUUUAAAAUUACUUCUCAAUAAACUUAACUGUAAACUUUUUAUUUCAAAACAUUUUACAUUUCAGAAUUUAAAUUUCAAAUCACUUCCAUGAAUUGACUGCCUUCAAUUUGUGUUGAGCCUCCCUGUUCUAGAUCCUCUCCUCGGGACAUUUUCAUGCAGGAACAGCUUGAAUCGGAGGACCUUUCACUUGAACUCACUUUAAUCAAGUUUUGUUCAUUUGUCAAACACAAAGGUCCCUCCCCCCACUCUCUGUGUAGCUGUCAACAUACAGGAAGUAGCACUGGAGUUACGUGAUGACCCACGUUUUGUGUUCACUCUGUUUGCACAUGAGACUCCCGUUUGUCACUUUAAGGACCGGGGCGGGAGUUGGGACGUUUUCUCUCUCACUCCCCUGUACAGCACGUUCUCUUGUUGAUGUCAGUGUUUUUGUCAUCUUUCGCUCUGUUCCAACUAUCAGCAAGAAAGUAUUAAUUUUACAAACUGGAUUUGAACUCUUAUGUGUCUACAGGUAUUUGUGAUGGUGUCCCAAACUCACUCUCACGUCCCAAUAAGAUAAUCAUGGGCCUGUAUUCACACAGUCUCAGAGUAGGACUGCUGAUCUAGGAAAGACUAAACGAAUCCUAGGUUAGCAUUCUUACUCUGAAACACUUUGUGAAUACAGGCCCUGAACCUAAGUGUCGUCAUCCACACAGACGGAAACAAACCAUUUGGAAUCAACAGAAGCGACUUCUGUUGUCAAAUGGAAUACCUGAAUAUAGAUGUCCUGCCGUUUUCAUUCCGAGUUCCUCUGAACCCAGAUCAUCAUAUUGCUUAGCCAAAUAUAACAAAUGGUUUGAAAUCAAUUGGAAAAGUAGCCAAAAAGCCACCUUUUAGUUUCCUGAAGAAAAAAAAACAUGGCUUUUGUCCAGUUCCGUCCUUGUGAAAGCACACUUAAAUAAUGAAUUUGUUUAAUGCAUCACAAUCAGUCAUUAAAACCUGUUUAUUGUCAGGUAGAACAUAAGAGAUGAAUUCAUGUCUCUCUGAUACAAAGAUGUCUCUUCAUAUCCAUAUCACAUUGAUGUUGGUCAUAUAUAUCCAACUACUGUAAUGAACAAUAAUCCUAUACAAAUGUUUUUUGUUGUGUGAACUAGUGGAAAACUUGCAUAUGUUAGUGGUAUGGUUGUCAAUGUUUUCAUUGGGAGAAAGUCGAGAGCUCACUCUCUCUACAUGCAGCUAACCUUUGCAGGGCUAUUAAAAUGUCAAGAACUUCACUAGACUGUUUUGGACACAUCCGAAAGCUGCUCUACACAUCACUGUAUCUAUGCAAGUUCGUGCGUUUCCAAUCUUACUAGGUCUUGCUAAUAGUGUGGUCAUAUCAAGUGGUCCAGUAUGUUAUACCAGAUUCCCUGUGCCAUCUCUUCAUACGGUAGUGUUUUACAACAAGGGGGUUGACUUGCAUCAGAUGUAACAUGGGUUUGAUUUGACCUAUCUGGGAAGCCAUAUAUUAGUUAAUCACCGUCAUUUGUCCUCAUGUUGUUCCAUUAGACUGUGUGGUGAGGAUGCAUGUAGCUACACCGUUUCUCACUCAAACACAUUUAAAAGGGCAAUCUGCUGCAUCCAUUUUUUGACUUUUAAAUUCAUAAUAUAUAGCCAUUGAUUCAUGAAGAAUAUAACGGUCUCAUGAGCUUAGUUCAACUGUAGAAACCAAACUAUAAGCUUGUUUUACUCAUUUGUAAACACUAAUAAUUCUAUAGCCUCUAAAUGGUUAACUAUAGUUUUGAUAUUUAAUGGAUGGUCAGUCCUUGCAUUCAUAGCUGUUUUAUGAAUUUCUACAUCUUCUGUUUACCAAAACAGUGGCAGGGUGCCCACUCUUUUUAUUGCUUGAACUGAAGAUUGAGCUUAAACUCAAGAGAUGAGUCAUUAUCAUUCCGUACAUCAGUUAGCUACUUUGGAACACAUACAGAAUACUGAGAAGCUCUUCAGAAGUCCCUGAUUUUUAAUGUUGCUCUCCUCGUAGCAUUCAAAUAGGGGCUAUGGCAGUUAAUGGAACUAUCAUCAGCAAUCACCUUACCUCAUGGUAGCCAUUCCUUUAAAAACAAAGAUAAUGUUAGCCUAAAUGUUUGAAUACCUCGCCUGUAGCCUCAUUUUCUUCUAACCCUUAAUGCAUCAAAGCCCGUAAUUCCCAAAAAAUUCAGUUGAUCUUAUUGACCCUUUUCUGUCAGUAAGGAAUAUAAAGGUUUCAACUGAACAUGUGGAUCACUGAGCUGACCAUGUCUUUGUAUGACAAUCGUGCCAAGAAGGUCUCUCGUGUGUGGCAAUGGUGUAGAGUGAAUAGUUUGAAGCGUCUAAGAAUUUUUCAAAUAAAAUCUGCGAUCUUGUUUCCGUAUGGUGUGGAUGUUAAUGUUGGAGGUUGAGCCUUGGAAUACUCUAUGGUGUGACGUGUGCUAUUGUUUUGGGUUUCAAGAUGUAGUAUGUUCAUUAAAUACUGUAGUUUUUCUGUAAUUGUUGAGUUCUUUGAAUGGGUUUGGAGAUCAGAAGAAAUGUAGACGCUAUUUCCAGAUUUCCUCAACUCGGAUUCUUGGAAGGAUGGUAAUUGCAGGACUAUAGGAAAUGUAACACUCAACUUGUUUCCACUUCUCUUAUCAUCCAUUUGGUAUAGUUGGGAUGUUCAGCUGAGAAGAAAUGUUGAAUAUUUGUCCUCUGACUCAACUGAUUUAGGUUGCUGGCUUUUCAUAUGGUUUCAUAGUAUCUACCAAUCAAACGCCAAGGACUCAUUCAGUCAUUGGUGUCAUCUGGUUUCAUUCACCAUUAUGCAGUAAAGGGCCAAAAAGUGUACAUUUAAACACCGUUCACCUUGAGGUGAUGCCAUGCAUGUUGCACAAUUAUUUUCUAAGAUUUGAUACUUCUAUUGCUUUGUCCACAUUUCUACUGAGCUGUAUGUAGGUUGUCCAAACAAUUCCAUUGCUCUUGUUUUUAAAAUGCAUGUUGUACUCUACCACUACUAUGCAUUUUAAGAACCCAUACUAUGCCUCUUCAUUUUAGGGACUGAAACAAGUCCUUACAUUUCUGUCAUGACAUACUCUAUCCUGGCUUUUGAAGUUUGCCUUUUACACUUAAGACACUGUACGUAGGUUGCCUUUGUGUUAUACUUGUUCUGUUGGCUUUGAUGCAGUUAAUCUUACAUUUAAUUACUUUAAACUAUUUUCAACUUUUCAAAAGAUGGAACCUUUUAAAUUGGCAUGUGUGGAUGUCCUUCGAUAAACCAACAUUGUACUUCUCCCAUGUAUCUACAGUUUCACGAACACUGUGACAUGGAAUAAAUGUGGUUGUUUUUUGUGA